GUGCAUCGAUAGCAAACAUACCGACCGCAAAAGGUCGGCCUUUUAUGUUUGAUCCAUGCAAGAUAACAGAAGAAUGUGAUGAUGCUAAUUGCGCAAGCGGGGAACCUCUAUGCAUACGGGAACAAUGCCACUGUAUCAGUUCGUCAAAUUCUCUUUCGAAGCUUAAAACACUAAAUUAUUUAAAGCCAUUCAAG